UUCACAAUAUCACUUGUUGCCUUGUUCUUUCUGUUUUCGGACAUCAAGUACUGUAUUAUUUUGCUACUCUGCAUUUCAAUCUUGGCUCACCCAGAUGACUACUGCUAUAAAAAUUCCGUCCGAAGCUAUCCUGAGUACUAUUCUGCAACAGCUUAAAUUACCGUCUCAAAAAUAUGAAUUUGACGUGACGACGAAGGUCUGCCAUGUUUACUUUAGUUACGAGCAUCCGAUUUCAAAGACGAUGGUCAAUGAAGUUUGCGUUGCGCGUGUUGACACUACCGACUUUGAGGAUGCAAAGGAGAGAGUUUCUGGACUCGCUAUAGAGUUUCUGAGAGCAAAUUAUGGUAUGGAAAUCAUAGAUUAUAGCUCUAUCGAAAUCCGAAAGAUGAACAAUGUUCUUGAUGUUCUCUCUAGGAAGAACAAAGCCAUCAAGAAGGAAUGUAAGCGGCUUGCCCGCGCUAUAAAGAUUAUGGAACGCAUGCUUUGAAUAACUGCUUGUCCUCGAUCCCUUGAGAAGUUACUUAGUAUCUUAUGUGUAUAAAACCUAAAUAUAUAGAUAUGUUAUGUAUAUAUAUUAUGUCUGAUGUCUGCUUAGAGGAUUAGAUGUGUCUUUGUUAGUGUCUUAAGUGGGUAUGUGAAGUUAGUUAAGUUGUAAUCUAACUGUUGAUCGUUUGAAUUAAUGUGUUAUAGCCUAAUGUUUAAUUA